AUAUCAAUACCUAUCGUCUCCAGGGGGUUUAAAAGCGACUCAAGGCAACGAGAUUAGCACCAAAACAAAGCUCCUUGCAUCUCUCUUACUCCCUCCAGAGAUCGAGCAACAAUGGCUUCAUCCGGCUCCAGCAAUCUCCCGACGAAGGAAGUCCCAGGAUCAUACGGCCUGCCAGUCCUGGGUGCUCAAAAGGACAACUUGGACUUCCUCCACCUCCAAGGCGAGGUGGAGUUUUUCAAGAGCAGGGUGGCCAAGUACAAUAGCACCGUCUUCAAAGUUAACUUCAUUCCGGGAAAUCCAGCCUUCCCGGAUCCUCGCGGCAUCGCCCUCCUGGACCAGAGCUCCUUCCCAGUCCUGCUCGACAGCUCCAAGGUGGACAAGACCAACGUGUUCACGGGCUCCUACAAGGCAUCCGACGAUUUCACGGGAGGAUACCGGGUGCUGUCCUACCUCGACACCACCGAUCCCAAGCACGCAACGCUCAAGAACUUCGCCUUCGAGGUGCUCAAGCGAAAUGGCCGCAAGUUCCUGCCUGAGUUCCAGUCGGCCUUCCACGCCGCGUUCGAUGCCGCCGAGUCGGAGCUCUCGUCCGGGAAGAACAAGGCCGACAUGGCACCGUUGCUCAACCAGCUCGCCUUCCAGUUCUUGGCCAAGUCCAUCGUCAACGUGGAUCCGUUGACCACCAAGCUCGCUGACCAGGGCCCGACUCACCUCCUCCGUUGGAUCGGGAUCCAGUUCGCGCCUGUAGCGCCUGGCAAUAGCACUCCACUGCCCGGAUUCGCCGAGGACGUCGUCAUACGUACCGCGCCACUGCCAUUCCUGCUCGUCAAGGCCGACUACGACAAGCUCUGCGAGUUCUUCCAGCUCGCCACUGAGAUGCUCGACAUGGGCGAGAAGGAGUUUGGGCUGUCGCGAGAGGAGGCCGUGCACCAGCUGCUCUUCCUCGUCGGGAUGAACAGCUGGUUUGGAUUCAGCGCCAGAGUGCUGCCCAAUCUUCUCUACCGUGUUGGAACUCUCGGGGCCGAGUUCCAGAAGAGGCUCGGGGAUGAGAUCCGUGCUGCGAUCGACGUGAGCGAUCCGGCGGGGUCGUUCUACGGCGCACUGGAGAAAAUGCCACUGCUCAAGUCGACUGUGCUGGAGGUCUUCCGGUUUGAUCCGCCCGUGCUCUACCAGUACGGACGCCCCCGGGAGGAUAUGGUGGUGGAGUCACACGAUGCGAAGUUUGUGAUCAAGAAGGGACAGCUCUUGGGUGGGUCGCAGGCACUGGUUUGCCGAGAUCCAAAGGUGUUUGAGGAGCCGGAUCAGUUGAUCCCGGACAGGUUUGUGGGGAAGGAGGAGCUCCAGGCGAAUGUGUUUUGGUCCAAUGGAAGGAAUACGAAGUCACCGACCGCGGAUGACAAGCAGUGUGCUGGGAAGAAUUUUGUGGAGACAAUCGCCAGGUUCUACCUGGUGCAGUUGUUUGCGAGAUACAAGACUUUUGAGCUGAGUGAGGACUCCACACUCAACACUCCGUUUCUCAAGUCAUUUGCACGAAAUUAGUGUAAGAACUAGCUAAAUAUAUUGGUAGUCUAUAUGUUUUAAAUGUUUAACUUCAAAUUUAGAAUUUAAGAAGUGUAUUCAUUAAAAUAAAAUAUUACAAUAUGGCUUAAUUCAAAAUAAA